AUGUCAACACGAAAAGAUAGUUCAUUUGCCCAGGGUAUGUUUGUGACGCUUUGGCCUAAAGUAGAUCAUUGUCACAACUACGUCGAGACACUCUUAGCUGCACAGAAGACACUACAGCAAACGGUGGACCAACUCAUUGCAGAUCUUAAUGAAGCAGAGAAAGCAAAAGGUAGCUCUCUCAUAGGUUAUGCUGAUCGACUUCGUAAUUUUCCUACUAGAGUGGAACAAAUCCAGAAAAGACUAGAGAAAAUUGACGAACGCCUAUCGUUAAUGAAGAAAUUGAGGGAGUCCAACGUACCGACAGUGCCUACUUUCCCCUGCCAAGAAGUCGGUGACUCUCGUGGCCCCAUUGUUUCAAUCAGGUUUUGA